CACAAUGAAACUAGAAGGGUUGUCAUUCUUCCAGGUGUUUUCUUUGGUUCUUUCAGCUGUGGACUAUUCACCAAGCAUCCUGGCCUGGAUGCUUCGGUAACCCCUGGCCCACGCAUUCCAGGAGAAGUCUCCUUGAAGCGAGGGCAAUAUCGGACCUAGCCACCGAGUCGAAGAGCCGGUGAGCUCAUCAAGAAGUGGGAUGUACUUCAGUCCUUCACUUGCAGCUUGUUCAAGCAAGUUUUACGCAGUCCAUUGCCUAUGAAGGCGUCUUUCGUGUUUUCCCCAAAAAUCGGCUGGUCCAUCUGCAUAUUCACGGAGCUAGGCAAGCCUUCGCUAGGCAGUGCCCUCUCACCGAGUACGCAGCAAAACUUGCCGAAGUACGGAAAAACCACAACUCUUGAUUCGAUGGCUAUGCAUAUAAUACGGUCGGUCCUCAGUCCAGUUGACUCUGAUUCGAUCUGAAACAGGGUAAAGCUUGUUAGUAGCCUGCGAUACUGCAUGAAAUAGUAUGGAGGGCUGAAAAUGGCUUGCAUGUCAAUGAUAAGCGUCUGGACAUUGGUUCGUGCAAUGCCGUCUCGUUGCCUGCUUUCAACCUUCAAGGCUUACACAGCCCUACCACCAUAUGCGGGGAAGGAAGCGAUAAAUAUCAGUGUAUCCCUCAGCAACUGUUGUAUUGCCCUUCUCAUUUCCUCAACCUCUUUCCUGCUUUGCUUAGCGAAAUUUUGAGAUUCUGCGAACUUAUAUUGCGAAGAAAACCGACUAGCAAGCGUCUUGACACCAUGGCCGCCACAAGUACCCAUCCUGGUGAUUCCAUCCUGGCGAUUGGAGAAACUGGGAAGUCGCUCAUGGCCGCGUUCACAAGGUUGAUAACGUACCGCAAAGUUCAUGACAGGAGACUCGAAAACCUGUAUGCCACCCUUUCGCUUACAACCAACAUGCUCACGGAGCUCGGAACUACGAUCAACACAUACGAGAGUGACUUCCGCAUCAAGGAUGAAGUCACCGGUCCGAUAUGCGAGACUGCUAAGACAAACCUUGAAAGGCUUCUUGUUAUGGUCAAUGAGGGUAAUGCAAAUGGCGUCUGGAAGAAUGACGGUACUAUCGGUGGGCUCACUGUUACUGCCGAAGCUGAUCCAUGGUUUCUCAUCACAAUGGCCUUGGGUGGCCGUGAAGAAGCCAAGAUGUACUGGAAGAGUCUUGAUGACACCAGAGACACGCUUCUUGAAUUGAACGACAUUAUCAAGUACCGGAUUCUGAAGACGCUUAGUGACAAAAAUGCCCUCAAGCCGGAUCAAGUCGAAGAAUUCAACAAGCUAACCUCGCUCCUUCCCCACAUCUUGCAAAGCCUCGAGAAAGCCGAGAAGGGGAAAAAGCUUGAGGCUGAGGCUGCUGCGAGAAAGAAGAAGCAGGAAAGCGACCGGAAGGCAGCUGCUACAAUGCCCGACCUCUCUCGGAGAGAGUCCAAUGUCAGUGACAUGACUCUGAUUGUUGAGCCAACAAGGAAGAGAACCCCUUUCGUCAAAGAUGUGGAUUGCGACUCUAUCUUGUCAGUCAGCUCGUCAGACUCUGAUUCGUUCAUUGAUAUCCCAGAAAUAUACGAAGAGUGGUCCUUCCGUUGGAAUGAACCUAUCAAGAACGUCAACAGGAGCUGGGGCUUCUUGGGAAUCAAGUUCAAGUCCUAUUUUGAAGAUACUGGGUUCUGGGCGACCGACUCGGAAUACAGGACUCAAGGUGAAAUGAAGGAGCAACACCAGUUUGCCGCCGGCGAUCUCUCUCCAGACAAGCAUAAGGAAGCGAUGCAGAAGGCAAUCCAAGCGAUCCCAAAUAAAAUCGGAUUCGAGGUCGACAAUCUCAUCGAGACACGCACCGAUGCUUCGUCGCACGAAGGGGCGAAGCGACAAUGGACUGUCGUCGCAGUUCGACCACAACAGAAGUAUCCUUAUGGCUCGGCCAAGAAAUGGGGUAAAGACCCAAAAUAUACCAACUGGUUGGUUACCAUCAAGGGCGAGACUGUCGAUAAAGUCGAACGCAGCCGUGCUUUGACCAGGCGAGACGAUCCGUGGAGAAAACAACGAGGCUGGAGCCCACGGUCUCGCAGCCCACGUCGUCGGUACCCCAUCAUUCACGAUCGGCCUCGCAGCUCAUACAGCCCUGUUCGCAUCCCGAUGCCGAGACCUUCAUACCGAGGUCCACCAGGACCUCCACCACCACCAGUCUUCGCUCGAGAGGCCAUACCAGAUGAGGGUUUCCGUCAAGGAAAUAUUGUUAUAGGCAAGAUUCUCAGCAAGGAGGAAGCUGUGAAGAAGAUGGAUGAAGUGUGGGAGGAGAUGACAACAGUGAAGGAAACUGUUGAGGCUAAGCCUACUGUUGACUAGGGUUUUCUGGUGAAUUAUCGUGAAUCGUUUACGAAUAAGAUGUUAACGAGUUUCCUUCUUGGGUUGAGCCCCUCUCUGCUGGUUUUGGGAUUCCAGUUUCUUCUUCGUUUUCGAUUUUGCCUUCGGAGCACAGUUCUCCGGUUUGAUGAUUUGCGAUUCUUGGAAUUGGUCAACUUAUGAUUUGGUAGUAGCGGUCAUAUUUUCAGCAAUUAACAACCCAUUAAGCUAGAUUACGUAGGUAAAUAAAUUGCUUUGCCACAUGGCAAGCAUUUCGCAC